UCGGUGUUUAGCGGCUCAGCGCUCCCCCUCCCUUUCUCCUUGUUGUACGCAUGCGCAAAGGGCUGUCUCCCGCGCAGUCACUUUGCGCCAAGUGCGCGGCCGCUGCUGGGGGAGGGGAGACGCACGUAAGCAACCGCGGAAGGAGUGGAGCGGAACAGGGAGCCCGUCACGGAGCAGUGCGCCGUUAUACAAGCCCUUCUGUCUGCCCUUCUCCCCUGUGAAAAGACGGGGCCAACAUGGCCGGAGCCUUGAUGCUUCCUGCAGACCGCAGCCAUCGCAGGAGGAGGGACCGGCGACCAGUAGGCUAGGCCCUGGAUAGGCCUCGCCAUAUCCCCGGAGCAGGGAGCGCCCCCUCCUCGGAGUGCUUCCCUCUAAAGCUUUCUUGUCGGCCGGAUAGCUCCUAGGAGACAGCGAGGCUCCAUCUCCGUUACUCGGAGCUCCAGGACCUGAUCCCCCGGGGGGGAGGCCGCGGCGACCUCACUGAGCGACUCGUCUGCUGGGCCCGAGACCCCGCCAUGGAGACCAAAACCAUUGUGUACGACCUGGACACGUCCGGGGGGCUGAUGGAGGUUUGGAAUCGUGUGUUCUGUCGCUGAUGCUUUCCACCUUCCCCUGUGCCUACACUAGCAAAUCCAAGCCCUCCUGGCACCACCCAAGAGUGAAGAAGGGGAGAAGAAAAGCAGGAGACCAGAAAAAGAGCCCAGGAGAAGUGGACGGGCCACCAACCAUGACAGCUGUGAUAGCUGCAAGGAAGGAGGGGACCUCCUCUGCUGUGACCACUGUCCGGCCGCUUUCCACCUUCAGUGCUGCAAUCCUCCCCUGAGUGAGGAGAUGCUGCCCCCUGGAGAGUGGAUGUGUCAUCGCUGCACCAUCCGCAGGAAGAAACGUGAGCGGAAGAAGGAGCUUGGACAAGUCAAUGGGUUGUUUGACAGAUAUGGGAGAAGGACUGUGUCACCCACUAGUGACAUGGAUUAUUCUGAAAGAGCUGCUGGCAGCUUUCGAGCCCUCGCCCAAGCCCGGAUAUUAGAGAGAAGGGUAAGCCGCCCCGGCACACCAACAUCCAGUGCCAGCACAGAUACGCCCACCUCGGAACAAAAUGAUAUGGAUGAGGACAUGAUCGAUGUGGAUGAAGAUCCUUCUGUGGAGUCGGAGUACACUCAUUCUCAACUCAAGAGACCAUUUCAGUUACUUAUCGCAGCAGCCAUGGAGCGCAAUCCCACCCAGUUUCAGCUUCCUAAUGAACUUACCUGCACCACAGCACUUCCAGGCACCAGCAAACGUCGGAGAAAAGAAGAAAUGACGGGGAAAAAUGUUAAGAAAGCACAGCACGAGUUGGAUCACAACGGCUUGGUACCUUUACCAGUCAAAGUCUGCUUCACUUGUAGCCGGAGCUGCCGCGUGGCACCUUUAAUUCAGUGUGAUUACUGCCCUCUCUUGUUUCAUAUGGACUGCUUAGACCCUCCUCUUACUGCCAUGCCAACCGGCCGCUGGAUGUGUCCCAACCAUAUUGAGCACGUUGUGCUGAACCAGAAGAAUAUGACCCUGAGUAAUCGGUGCCAGGUGUUUGACCGCUUCCAGGAUAGCAUUUCUCAGCAUGCGGUAAAGCUGGACUUUCUGAGCCGCAUCCAUAAAAUACAUCCCCCAAACCGCAGGCAGCUGCCUUCAGCCAGGAAAAACACAGUCAAGGUUCCUGAAGCUAUCAAGGCCCAAUAUCAGUCACCUCCACCGUUACUGCCUCCUGCAGGGAUACGUGAUGGGGAGCUGAUUUGCAACGGUGUACCUGAAGACUCCCAAAAGCACCUGCUUCACUCUGAGCACUUGGCUAACCAAACAGAGCAACAAGAGUGGCUCCGUAGUGUGGUUGCACUUCAGUGCAGCAUAUUGAAAUACUUAUCUGCUAAGCAGAUGCCAGCCUGGGGAUCAGAGGACGUUGACUCGUUGGAUGUGAAACCAGUCAUAUCGCCUGAUGGUUCCUUGUCCAACUCUCACCAGCACGCUGACGGCAAGCCCCAGUUAUCUCCAUCUUUAGAACUGUCUCCGAGGAGCCAAUCUACAACGUUGGAAGACGAUACUACUUACGUGGUGAAACCACAUCUGUCAACCAGUGGUGGUACUUCCAAUGGACCUGCUGUUUCGGAGUCCAAAUCAAACGGACCUCAUACUUGUAAUGUUAGCCCAAGCCACACGGAACAGUUACGUGACCAUCAAAGACUAUCUGGAGCUAGUCCUGGUGUUUCUGUACUUUCUCAGAGACCAGCAAGGCCUCGGUCAGGCACUCCUCCCACAACAGUUGUUCUCCCAAAUCAUGUAGUGAAAGCAGAAGGCACGACAGGAGCUGCACAUUGCACCCAGAGGCUUUCAGGUCCUACUCUUACACCUCCUAAUUCUUGCACCAGUACGGAGCUUGCUAGCACUUUGUCAUGGAAGCAUACCCAAACGCAAGCUACUCCUUCACUCAGUCAACCUGAUUCCAGACCUGUUGGGUCACCGCUCUCUGGCACCCGGGCACUUACGCCUCCACAGGCGGCUGGGGGUGAUCUUACCUCUGCAGCGUCUGGUGCAUCCAGGCUCUGUGUAGCAGCUCCUCCCACAGAUGGAAAAGUCCGACCCAGUGCGUUAAUAAUUGAUGGGGCAUCAACUGGCCCUUCGCCAUAUACUGUAAACUCCUCAGCGAUGGCAGAGCUUACAAGUUCCCUCAGAUCAUUGAUGGAUGGAAAUGGAGAGAUCCAGAUAAACCUGCUGGAUGAGAAGCUGGUAAAAUUUUUGGCCAUGCAGAGAAUCCAGGAGAUAUUCUCUUCUAAAGACUAUCCUGUAGCAAGUGCCACCCGUCCUUCGCCAACUCCAUCCCUUGGACAUCAUGUGGAAGCCCAGAGAAGAGAUGUGCAGGCCAGGGCUGUAUUUUACCCUCUAAUGAUGGGCACUGGUGCUCCCGUCAAUAUGUGCUACCGGACUCUUUACAUUGGCACAGGAGCAGACAUGGACGUGUGCCUUACAAAUUAUGGUCAUUGCAACUAUGUUUCUGGCAAGCACGCUUGCAUCUUUUAUGAUGAGAACACCAAGCAUUACGAGCUGCUAAAUUACAGCGAACACGGCACGACUGUUGAUAAUGUCCUCUAUUCCUGUGACUUUUCUGAGAAGAUCCUCCCCACCCCUCCCAGCAAUAUUGUUGCCAAAGUGCAGAACGUUAUAAAGCGCCGCAAGAGCCAAAAUCUCGAAUCCGAGCCCGUCAAGGAAGAGGCAGUCAUGAACUCGCAUGCACAAGGUCCCCACGUACAGCCGUGUAACUGCAAAGCCAGCAGCUCUAGUCUCAUCGGAGGAAGUGGAGCCGGCUGGGAAGGCACAGCUCUCUUACACCACGGAAGCUACAUCAAGUUGGGCUGCAUUCAGUUUCUGUUCUCCAUCACGGAGUUUGCAACAAGGCAUCCCAGGGGUGAGAGUGAAGCCUUAGCACAAGACCUGGACUUGGAAGACAAGUUAUCUCUGAAGUCACCCCACCAGGUGCCCGUUUUACGAUCUAACUCUGUUCCUUAGGAGCCAAACACUAGAACUUUUACAAGACAAAGAACUCUUCCCGAAAGUCAACCUACUCGUCUGAGCAAACAUGUCCAGUGGCCCCUCGGAAACCCCUGUUUUGGCCAGAAAGAGUUUGCACAUUUGCAUGAAAUGAAGAAAAUUCACCUUUUUUAUUUUUGUUUUUUCCUCUGCUCAUUUUAGGGGCAUUUGCACAUAUAUUUCUAUCAUACAUUUCAUAUAUUAUAAAUAUAUAUAAAUAUAUAUUUUUUUUUAUUCUAAGACUCAAGCAGCCCUUCUCCCUGUAGCGAGUUUACCUGGACAAGAUUGCAAUGUUUGGAGACCACAAAAAAACAGAAUUUAGGAUUAUUUUCUUUUUCAUUCGUCAUGCCAUUGUAAACUAAUAAAAGACACAACGAGCUCAUACUUUUUUUUUUUUUUUUUUUGUGCCAGUGACACUUUUCUAGCAUUUCAGGUUUCCAUUUAACAGGAUUAAUUUUGUUACAUGUAACUGCUUAGGAGCGUCCCUCUCUCAAACCCUCCGUCUGACAACAGCACGUACAGCAUUCAACGUUUUGUACAGACACCACAGAUGGCUGCCCCUUUUUGCUCUGGAUUUCUUUUUUUUUUACUUUUUUUUUUUUAUGUAUACAGUGCUGUGUGAGAUGCCUUUUUGGCUCCUGUCUGUUGUAACUAAAGUUUUUUGUUGUAUACUUGUUUGUCCCCUUUUUGUUUCUUUUUAAUGUAAUACUGCCACUUCUCUCGGAGGAGAUUGGACGAGCUAGAUUCAAUGUAAAUAUAAUUGUAUCGUUUUAGAUUUUACAAAACCUUUUUUCCUGUAUUCUGUAUAUAUAAAAAGUUGAU